CAAAUCCCUUCAACAAUUCACUUCAUGCCUUUGGCUUUUGUUUGCACCUCCCAAAACCCAUCAUAUCAUUGUAGACUAGUAGAAUCCCUUCAUCUCCGUUCUUCGUCGUCGUCACCACCACCACGCUCAACCUCAAUCACUACCACCACUCUCUCUCUCAUAUAGAGAAUUUAAGAGUUUAGAGUUUAAAAAAAUAUAGUGGAUCCAAGCAUUAUUGAUUCAAAGUAGAAGAGAGAAUUAUGCUAAGGACAACGAAGAGAACAUACAACUAAGUGAUUACUAUAUUUAGAUAUGCACAAGAGGUAGGAGUUGGACUAGUGUGGCUAUAUUUGGAUGAACAAGGAAAUAAACAAAUUUUCCUUGGCAUGAUGGAAAAUAUUAAUAAAGAUGCAGAGAACGAUGCAAACAGUUUCACUGCAAUGAGGGGAAGCAUGGAAGCAGGUGACGGCUGCUGUGGCGAUAGCGGUGGUGCGACGGCUGCGGGAGAUGAGGUGGCUUUGAAAAAAGGUCCUUGGACAGCCGCAGAGGAUGCAAUUUUAGUUGAUUACGUAACGAAACACGGUGAAGGGAACUGGAAUGCUGUACAAAGAAACACAAAGUUGGCUCGAUGUGGAAAGAGUUGUAGGCUAAGAUGGGCUAACCAUUUGAGACCAAAUUUGAAGAAAGGUGCUUUCUCCCCUGAAGAAGAAAAGCUCAUCAUUGAACUCCAUGCUCAGUUUGGAAACAAAUGGGCUCGAAUGGCUGCAUUGUUACCUGGAAGAACUGACAACGAAAUAAAGAAUUAUUGGAACACAAGGGUGAAGCGGAGGCAAAGGCAAGGGCUUCCUCUGUACUCAGAUGACCCUGAUCGUCCGACUAUAUCAAGCACACCCACGACCCCUAUAACUCAUCUAGGAACAAACUUCAUGAACAAUUCUCCCACAAGCAAGUUUGAGUUUCUCCACCACCAAAGUUAUCUUCAUUCUCCAUCUCCACAUCACCACCACCUGAACCAUUCUCCUUUAACAUCACCACUUCACAGAGCUCCGUCUUAUUCCCCUCACACAUUCUUGGAUGCUACUACGCAUUCCCCUUUAUCCUCGUCAUCACUUCACUCACCACUCUCCACUCCCAUUUCAUCUUCACCUCUCUCCUUCACCUUCCAUAGACCUGCACCGUUGUUGUGCAACCCUCUUCGCUUUAAGCGUUACCGUUCAACUUCAACUGUGAAUCCAACCACACCAACCACGCCAACCCACUUAUCUGAUCUUGAUAACGGGUUUAGAUUUCCAGUUCAUCUCAACUCUUCUUCUUCUUUCUCCCACUUCUUUCAGAACCCAUCCUUGUUGGAUCCUGAAAGAAACAUGGUAUGUUCGACUUCUCCUUCUAGUUUCCUAAGCAAGAUAGAGCUCCCUUCAAACCAAUUUUCAUUGUCAUCGCAACCGCACCAAAUAGAGCCAUCAGAGUUUAAACUUGAUGAUGUUGAGUAUAAUAAUGACCCUAACUGUUUAAAUACAAGUAAUGGGUUGGUUGGGGAUAUUCUAUCUGAAGCUCAAACCAUGGCUUCUAGCCAUCAGAAUUUAAAAAAGCGAAGCUACUUCGGCUUGAAUGAAGGGCACGAUGAAGUUUUUGAGGGUUGCCAAAGCUUUGAUGACUCUCUUUAUUGGUCUUCUAGUUCAGGACUAAAACCAAAGGAAGAAGCAACAAACUUAGACAAAUCCAUGAAUGAGGACUUGUCAACAUUGCUCCCUGUAAUGCCUUCAACCUUACAAUGCCAACAGAAUUGGCAGCAUAAUAAUACAACAGAAGUCUCAAAUAAUGUCCAAUCUUCUUGUCUUAUGACAGAUGACAAUUUUGGACUUGAUAUAAAGCCUGUAGCUUCAUUAUUUCCUCUCAACAAUGCCACGAACCAUGAUAAUAAUAAUAAUAACACAGGAUGUUACUCAUGGGACAAUUUAUCUGGGCUAUGUUGACCUUGACUCAAAUUAUAAAUAAUGGUCACAAUUUAUGUAUCAUAAUGACUUUAGAAGCUAUUUAUUUUGUUGUUGAAAUCUCGUGAUUGAUGUAGAUGAUACUUAUUAUUGUUCAGAACAUUGAUUUU